AUGGCUUCUGAUCCCACCCCUCCAAAAGGGGGCAUGUCACUUUAUGCAAACCUACUUAAUUCAUCUUCUGACACGACAGGAAUCAUCUCCCGUGCUCCUGUUGUCUUUAAACAGUCGGAGAUCGAACCUCAUCCUGAUGACGCCGCAGCUGCCAAAAAGCAACAACUGAAUCCUGCUUCCCUUCGGUUCCAACCCCACAAGAGACCCCAGCUCUCAGCUCAGAAACCCAAACCGAAACAUACUUUCCCCAAAGCAGUGCCACAACCACAGCCCUCAGCUAAACCUUCGGUACCGACGAAGAGCACUUUGGCUGAUUGGACCGCUAUGGAAGACGACGACUAUGAGUACGCGCGCGAGAAGCGACAGCGUGGCGGAAGAAAGAAGCGCAAGAAGAACUUUGAAGCACAUGCUGUCCAAAAUUGGGAUGAUAUCUACGACCCUUCUCGACCUACCAAUUACGCGGAAUACCGCCACAGCGAUGAGAAGAUCGCUGAAAUCCGCGAGUGGAAGGAUGUCUUGUAUGCUCAUGUCAGAAAGCGCUCACCGAGCAGAUAUUCCGAUAGCGAGGAUUAUGAUGGGCCAAACAUGCGACAAUUUGCGCCUCCAAGCAACUUUGCGCCACCGUCAAAUCUUAAUGAUGUGCCACCAGCAGCUUCUAUCCCCAAUGACCCAUCUGGUGACGAUGCAUUUGCUCGCCGCGCAGCAUUAGGACGACGCUUCGACGACGGUUCCAUUGCCGUUCAGGCCCAACUCCCGACCUCACCUCCACCCCACACUGAACAUCCCACCCGAAUUUCGGAUGACCCUGCUGGCGAAGACGCAUAUAUGCGCCGCUUCCAGAGAGCCGAGAACCCACCAUCGGGACAAGUCAUACCACCUCCCCCACCAUCACGCCCCCUUGACGCCUUCCAACCCAGCUCUGCAACCAUCUCCCGUGCGCCAGUCCGAUACACUCUGCCUCCACCCCCAGAAGACAUCCCAGCCUCCGAAGCCGAACUUGAAGCCUUAUUGGCGCAAGGGCAACCGGCAGAUGAGGAAGAACCAGUUGAGUCCGCGCCACGAUCACUUCGUCCCGGCCAACCAGACUUCGGAGAACGAAUGCUUUCCAAGUGGGGCUGGAAUAAGGGAUCCGGCCUCGGCGCUACUGGUUCUGGCAUGGUGAAGCCGCUGCAAGUCAAGCUUGAGAAGCGCAAGAAGCGACCAGACUCAGAGGGUGGUGGCUUUGUCACACCUGCUGGACGAGGUAAGAUCAUUGGAAGCAACAAGAAGGGUGAAUAUGACACCAGCAAGUUUGGUCCUAUGAGCGAAGUGGUCAAACUACUAGGCAUGUUGGAUGGCAUGGACCUGGAUGCUGAGAUGGAGGGUGGUCAAAAUGGUGGCUUGAUGCAGGAGAUUGGACAGGAGUGUGGUGACAAGUAUGGAGAUGUGGAGCGAGUCUUCAUCGCUUGCGACGUUGGAACCCCAGUCCCGGUCUUUGUCAAAUUCAAGCAUCCCUUGUCUGGUCUACGGGCCGUGAAUGCGCUCGAAGGCCGGAUUUUCAACGGUAACACAAUCACUGCGCGAUUUUUCGAUCUCGAGAAGUUUGAUCAAGGGAUUUACACGGACUAA